GCAGGAAGACGGGGGACUUCGAGGCAGCCGCACCGCUGAGAUGAGUCCGGUCCAGAGCCAGCUGUGCCUCGGCAGCCAGUCUCUCUGCUGCUGCUGCCCGUCAACACAUCCGACAAAAAUCUCUGCUGAUCUGAUCUGACCUGCACGGAUGGGCUGAGCGAUCUGAACACCUAGUUUCACAGUUUCUCAGAGAAAUAUCUAAUGAGUUUGGAGUCAUGUCUGUCUCUACGGUUUUGGCUAAAGCGCUGUAUGACAACACAGCAGAAAGCCCUGAGGAGCUGGCUUUCCGAAAGGGCGACAUCUUGAUGGUUCUGGAUCAAGAGAAGACUGGCGGGCCAGGCUGGUGGCAGUGCUCCCUGCAUGGCAAACAGGGCAUUGUUCCCGCCAACCGCCUCAGAAUUUUGGAGACCGCCCCGCCACCAGGCUCUGAGCCUGGUCCUGGACUGAAGGAAGACUCUGUAUACCUAUCCCCUGGCCUUCCUUUGGCUCGAACUGUUGUCGGCGGAAGCACAGAUGUUGCUGACGGAGUAUAUCUGUCGCCACCUGCCACAGGCGAAGGUCGAGGCGGGGGAGUCGCGACUCGAACUGGAGAGCUACGCAGAGUGGAGGCCGGCCGUCCGCGCUCACACUCAAGUUCUGGCACUCGCCCCAGACCGGACUGGGAUAUUGGUGUGACAGGGCGGCCACGAUCUCCAUCUUUAAGGGGGCGUGGUUCAGAAAUGUCUGGAACUCUUUACCAGAAGCCAUUAAGUCCCAUGCCUUCUGCAGCUCCGCAUGCAAGGCAGCCUGGAGUUCUCCUGGCUUCAGAAUCUGUUUACCUUUCUCCAAGUGGCGUCCCAAGGGCUACCGAUGAACCAGAAGACACUACAUACCUUGUUCCGAGAGACAAGCCAACAGUAGGACAUUCAGACGACUGUUAUUUGGUGCCCAAAGGGACGCCACUUGCAAGUGAUGAUGUUUACCAGUCCCCAACAGGUGGUGGUGUGAGCAGUACUCUCUGCGCUAACGGCACCUCUGGGAUCAGUGUUACGCCACAGCCCAAAGCAAGUCAGGACACACCUGGAGUUUACCAAACACCUACCAUUGUUGGGCCAAACCUACAUCGGCCACCCGCCACCAUUCUGGCUCACCAACACCCAUCUUCGCUAACUCCAACCCAAGCGUCUCCCCGACUCUUGCUCAAGGGUCUUCCCCCAAACUCUGCAGCUGCAAGGGGCAAACCUGGUGCGGCUAGAUCCCCUUUUUCAAUCAGAGCAGGGCAAGCCAGGGCUCCGGGGUCGCCAAACUUUGCCCGCAAACCUCCUCCACCAGCCCCUCCGGUGAGAGGAGUCACCAGGAAAGAAGCACAGCAAGCAACACCUCAGUCGGUCGCCUCCAUCCCCAAACUGACGGCUCAGGCAAGUCCUGCAGGCCAGCUGCAACCAGAGGACAAGCAAAUCAGAACUCCCCAGGGCAAUGGAGAAAAGAUGAGCAACGGCCUGGAUAGAAGUGGCGGAGUGCCGAACAAAACUGGAGAAAAGCAGGAUUACUCAGAUGCUGCAGAUGACCAGGUGUAUGACACCCCUCCAAGUGGCAGGUGGCAGCAGCCGAUCCAAUCUACUCGCGUAGAGGAUGUCGAUGGCAUUUAUGACACCCCACGCAGUGUCCAAUCACAAGCUGACCCUGAGACAGAGGUCUAUAACGUCCCCACAAUCACUGUGAUCAAACCCGUGGCAGACAUAAAGCCUGAUGAAGACGAGGACGAAGUCUACAGUGUCCCCACUCUUCCAGGUGUCCCUCUGGUGCUGGGUGAGUCCACCAGCAGCCUCCCCACUGAGGACAUCGCCCACGUUGGACAGGUCUGUUUAGUUCCGGAACUCGACAAACGAGGCAGCGGCGGAGAUCAGAAACAAGACUCCACUGAGGUUGACUGUGGGAUCUACGACAUGCCCUCCCUGACCAUUGAAGUGCUUUCCCAUUCGUGUUCUUCGUCCUCCUCCGCCUCCACUCGUCGCCACUCUGUUUCCAGCAACGGCUCCGGCGACAUUCAAUGGAAAGCUUCGCUGUCGAACCUUGUCCACUCGCUGCUGGGCACCGCCUCGUCCCUGUCCUCGCGGGACCUGGCUACAUCUCUGGCUGAGAUCCUGUCCACCUGGAAGGCCAGCCACACAGGCGACCCUCCGCCGCCUCUCCAGCAAGCCUGGGUUCGGCUUUCGGACCUGCUUCCGGCGUUGUCUGCCAUCGGGAACGCUCCUCCAAACGAGGGGCUCUUAUCGCUGGUCCAGCGCUCUCUGGAGGAGUCUGCCCUCCUCCUGCAGGCUCAAGGGCGACCUCGUCUGUCUUCCCAGGAAUCUCUGUCUCGCAGGCCCUUGCCAGCGCUCCCAGUGCCUGAUGGGAAGUCAUGCGGCGGUGGAAUGGGUUCUCGUAAAGGGAGCUGGAUCCAAGAACGGCCCCUGCCGCCAACCCCUCAGCCUAUGUUUCCUUUGCCUCCAACUCCGGCCUGCGUCACCCUAACGAUGGGCCCCUUUAAUGGAGAAGAGGACCCCAGCAACGAGUACGCAGGGAUUGGCUUGACCCCAAUCCCAGCCCCGGUACCUUCAGGAGACAGUGUUGGAUAUGUGAAGCUGCAGGGUAAACCAGAUCUUCCUCCGGAUGUCCUCUCUGAGAACGGACAAACUUUCACCGGAGAGCAAAGGUUGACUCCCUCGCCUCCUCUGCCGGUGGCCCUCUCCCUGGAGGACUCGGAGCUGCUCUCCUUCUACUCCUCUCAGAGCUUCGCCCACCUCUCCUGCCUCGCCGACGCCAUCGACGUGCUCGACAGCAGCGUGCACGGCAACCAGCCGCCGCGCAUCUUCGUCGCCAGGGGGAAGAGUCUCAUUGUGACCGCGCACAAGCUGGUGUUCAUCGGCGACACUCUGUCCCGCCUCCUGACCUCCGCCGACCUCCGGGCCAAGAUCACCACUUCUGGAGGGAGGCUCUGCCAGGUGUUGAAGGCGGUCGUCGUGGCAACGAAGGGCGCAGCACAAAACUACCCGUCGGCGACCGCCACCCAGGAGAUGAUGGACCGCGUCACCGAGCUCUACCAGCAAGCCGCCGGCUUCUCCACUCUGCUGCAGCGUCUGGCUGAAAUAUCGUCGUGAUAUUUCAUUUCGCUUGUACAAACGCUACACCUAUAUUUUAGUGUCGAAAUGCCUUAUUUGUCUUUACACUAUUAUAUUUCCUUACCUUUGUCUGUGAGGGAAGCCAUACCCUGAACCACUUGUUUAUCCACACUGCAGCUGUUGCUCAGCUGGGGGUUUUAUUGCAUUGAGUCUUUCUAUAAAGAGUGUGUGUGUUUUAUUUUUUUUUCUUUUAUGUCUCUGUUUGUAUACUGACGUUUUUGCUUUGAUGGCAGACACUCUUGUCUUCUUUUAAGUGUUAACUUAUUGAAUAUUGAAAUCCCUCUGAGGUUGAAGCA